ACACCAUCAUGCAUGGAUAUGAAUGGUGUGCACCCAUCACACAUGUGACAUCAUACACACACAUACCAAUGCAAUGCGAUGAACCCAACACCCACCAGCCCUCCAUGGAUGACCGAGGGCAAUACACAUGCACUCACACACCAUGAAAAGCCAACUGAUUCACAUCACUCACUCACUGCUCGGCUUCACCGGCACCAUCUUGAGCGUCUACAAGUGCUUCUCCAGUGUGGCGCGGUCCACCGGUUUCGUGAGGAUGUCUGAUGGGUUGUCAGCUCUAGAGAUGUGGACCACGAUAUGGGUUGUCUGCUCGACGAGCUGGCGGACGUGGUGGUAACGCACAUCCACAUGCCGCAGCAGGCGGCUGUCCUUUUUGUUGGACGACACGUAGCAAGCACCCAUCCCAUCGUUGUAGAGCGUCAGCGGCCGCGCCACCAACACGUUGAUUGUCUCGAGGGUAUGGGCGAGGGCGUCGCCGUGCUUGGCGCACUCAGAGACGCUCUUGAACUCUGUCUCCACUGUGGAGGUCGAGACCUUGGGCUGCGUCUUGGAUUGUGCGCUGACGACUCCCAUCAUAUAGACCCACAGCCAGCCUGACGUCGACCGUCGGUCCGCCAAGUCGGCGAACGAUGCCUCGGCAUACCCCACCAGCUGGGCGGGAUCGCCGUUCUUGUCGAAGUGCAGCCCCAGACUCUGUCGAUGCUUCACAUACCGCAACACACGCAACGCCGCAUCAUAGUCCGCCUGGUUCCAUCGCGACAUCCGUUUCGCCAGCUCCUUGGUCGGGUAGAGCAGGUCAGGGCGGGUGCCGGUGGCCAGGUAGAGGAGGGAACCGACAAUCUGUCGGUAGGGCAGUUUGCGCUGCGGUGAGUGCUCCCACUCGUCGUCAGAGGGGAAAGGCUCGGUGCCGAUGUGUGUGUUGGGGGCGAUGGGUGUGGCGACGGAUCGGCUGUCGGGAGGGAGGAACAUGUCGACGAUCUUGUGCGCGUAGCUGGUCUGAUGGAUGACGAUACCGUCGUCCGUGUACUCGAUCUGCAGCUCGACGAACUGACGCGCGAUGCCCAAUAGCUUCAUCUUGAACUCAGUCGACAACGUCUCCUUAAUCCACUCCCUGCUCUCCGCCGGGCCCAUCAGCAACGCAUCAUCAACGUACAGGUUGACAUACAGGUCCUUGGUCUUGUUGUAGAAGAGCCCCCUGUCGAUCACAGACUGGCUGAAGCCCACCCUCUUGAGGAAGGCGACCAUGGUGUCGUUCCACAGUUUCGGGGCCUCAGGCAGACCGUACCAUCCGCCUUUGAUCUCGAGGAUGUCCUCCCCCUUGAUCUUGUCUGGAUGGCGGGCGAGGAUCUCGUCACACGGGUAGGCGAAGACGGGCUGCUGCUGCUCUGGCAUGGUGGUGUGAAGGAAGGCGCUCUCGACGUCGACCUGCUCGAUGUCGUAGCGCUUCGCCAGUGCCGUGCUGAUGAGCAGCUUUGCCGUGGCUGUGCGGCUGGUCGGCGCGUAGAGUGUCUCGUGUUCUCUCUCGUUCAUGCUGCCGUUGAUCACCAGCCGUGUCUUGGGCCGCCCGUCUGCCUUGACGACCCUGACCGCCAGCACGUGGAAGAUCUGCGAGCCCACGGGGAUCGUCUUCUUCUUGCGCCACACAUAGGUCUUGUGCUGUUCCAGCUUGUCGACCUCCCCUGCGUCAGCGUCACGCCAGAUCUGUUGAUCUUCAGGGCUCAUCUUGCGGAUGAUGCGAGGCGUGACCUUCAUGCCAGGCAUCAUCUUGACGGGGCCAUCUGCCGACACACUCACGUUGGCCUCGUGCGCCCGAAAGGCGUGCAGUUGCUGGUCCAGUGGUGUGCCGGUAGCUCCAUCAGCUUCAUCCGCAACGAGUGCCGCACACAUCGCAGCAGCUGCAGGGUCGAUGGGUGGCGGUGCGCUCGUCUCGACCUCAAUGCAGGCAGCCAAGUAGGCCGCCUCCGCCUCCACCUCACUCGACCUCUCCUUGGCUUUGUUGGCCGCAUUCCACUCCUUCCUGGCCUGCUCUCUGAGCUUGGUGUCGUUCCAGGCUGCCUUGUUGGUCGCCCGCCGGUAGCGGCGGAUCUCCUUGAUGCGCGGCCGUUGGUACGCCGUGAGGUUGGGGUAUGUCGCUGGCCACAAGAUGUGACACGGAUAGCCCCACGUGUUGAACGGCUUGCCCCGGUACUCGACUGGCUGGUCGUCACCACCAGCAUGGCUGACGUCGCUGCGGUUGAGAGGGACGUCACCGGGCUGCUCAGCAGGGGAUGGAGAUUGAUGGGUGGACGGUGGGUGGGUGGGUGGUGGUGCUGCCGAUGCUUGGGCCUCUACAGGUACGGCUACGGCUAACUCGGCGUCCUCGCCCUCAGGACGCGCCGGCUGAGUCACGGGCUCAGCGGCUGGCUGAGUCACGGGCUCAGCGGCUGGGCUCUCGCCCGCCUCCACAGCAAUAUUAUCAACAACAGCACGGCUCUCGCUGGCCGGCUGCACCCCUCCUGACACAUGCUCCCGCUGUACACCAGUGGCAGGGUGGCUCUCCUGCUGCCCAGAGCGACGCGUCGGAUUCAGAGGGGGGAUGGGGCGAUGCCACUGAUAUCCUUCCUCCUCAGACACAUGUGCAGGAGGCCUCCUCAGCCUCUGAGGUCGCUCCUCGACCUCUAGCGGCACAUGCUGCGAUGGCUGCACUGGGGGCUGCUGCUCUAGUUGUCGCUGCUGCUGCUGGGUGGUGUCAUCCUCCCCCCCAGCAGCACCCCCUUGGGCAUCAGACGCCUCGCCCGCACCCGUCUUGAAGAACGGCAGCCCCGGGAAGGGCGAUGGGUUGAAAGGGAAGUCGAAGUGAUCGAACUUGACGUCGAUGCCUCGGUAGAGACGCGUGAAGUGUCCGCCCGGCAGCAGCGGCAACACUCCCACUAUCGGUAUCAUGUCCUUGUUGUCGGUAGCCCAGCCCAGAAACACUCCCGGCUCUCCCCGUGGAUGCACUCGGCUCGCCUGGUGCUCUCGUGGGAUGAGGACGGUGGCCCUGCAUCCGAAUGGAUGCAGCUGCUCGCGGCGUGCGUCACGGCCAUGCUCCACCCAUCCACGUGGUGUGUGUGUGAAGCCAUUGCGCUUGACGAGGGACGUCAUGUUGUGGAUGUUGACGGCAUACUGCCAGGCAUGCUCGCCGCACCUUGUCGCAUUCAGGCCGCUCGUGCACAACGCCGCCCGUGCGAUCUCCCCCAGCACGCCAAUCGCCCUCUCAGCCUUGCCAUGAUACUCAUGGCGAUGUGCAGGGGUCACGAUGGGGCCCUCGAUGUUGAGCUCGAUGAGCACUUGACCGAAGGGUGCGCCGGGCUCACACAGCUCGCUGCCUGGGUCGACAGAGAUGGCGACGAUGGGUCCGUGCUCGCACUGGAUGGUGCCCGUCUGCCGAUGGAAGUGCCGCAACAGGUCUGGCGCCUGCGUCUUGAAGUUGGCCGGGUAGGAGACGACGAACCCAGAGAAGGCACACACGAACACCAGGACCAGUAUCGUCAUGGUGCCCAGCGGCCCCAGCUGGCUCCUCAUGUGCCCCCAAUCAGCGUGCCACAGCUGUGCGACGCGCAUCUUUAACCUGUCGCCGGUAGCCAGUGCGGUGAUGGACGGGCGCCUUCUUGGCCUUGCCUUCAUUGCAUGGUGGGCAUGCUGGCUUGAAGGGGAGGCUGGUGACGGGUGUGCCGCCUCUGAGGGUCUUGGACAGACGCGGCAGCUCAUUGAAGCCCUUGUGGCCGGCACAGAGGUGGAGGUCGACAGCAUUGAUAAGGUUCGUGCGCUCCUGCUUGGUCAGCACCAACUCAGGCAGCUGC